GUACCGUUUUUCUUUUUCUGUCCUGUCUUGGCAGAAAAGAAAAGCCCGAGCUCCCUAUACAGUCGAUCUGUGCAAUAGCCCUAGUUUCUCUCUCUGUCUCUCUCUCAUCGAAUCUGCACGAUGAAGCAACAAGCAAACUGGUCUCCUUACGACAACAAUGGCGGGACAUGCGUUGCCAUAGCAGGCGCCGAUUACUGCGUGGUUGCCUCCGACACUCGAAUGUCGACUGGUUACAGCAUCCUCACUCGCGAUUACUCCAAGAUCUGUCAGCUAGCAGGAAAAAGUGUGAUGGCAUCUUCAGGAUUCCAGGCUGAUGUGAGAGCUCUACAAAAGGUUUUGGCAGCAAGGCAUGCGAUCUAUCAGCAUCAACACAACAAGCAGAUGAGCUGCCCAGCAAUGGCUCAACUGCUUUCAAACACCCUAUACUACAAACGCUUCUUUCCUUAUUACGCUUUUAAUGUUCUCGGUGGCCUCGAUAGUGAAGGAAAGGGUUGUGUCUUCACAUACGAUGCUGUGGGUUCCUACGAGAGGGUUGGAUAUAGUUCCCAAGGUUCCGGUUCCACACUCAUCAUGCCGUUUUUGGACAAUCAACUGAAGUCUCCAAGUCCCCUCUUAUUACCAGCCCAGGAUGCCGUUACGCCACUUUCGGAAUCAGAAGCAAUCGAUUUGGUGAAGACUUGUUUUGCAUCUGCAACAGAGAGGGAUAUAUACACUGGAGACAAACUUGAAAUAGUCGUGUUGAAUGUGUCUGGCAUCCGUCGUGAGUACAUGGAACUCCGGAAAGACUGAUCCGCCUUUGUUUUCCUGGCGCCCUUCAUGGUCUUGCAGCUCCUGUGAAGAAGUCUGCAUUAUGAAUCUUUCAAUUUGUGUUCAGUUCCAUUUGUAGUGAAGCAGGUGCUAAAUUAUAGAAACAAUUUUUUAUUACAAUGGCCUGUGAUGUAUCAAACUGGGAUGCUUUGGAUUUCCUCUUCUUUGUCUAUGCAACAAGCUAAACGGAACCGAGUUUUUUUUAGCUAGUUUAACGCAA